AUGGGUUUGGUUCAAAACCAAGUGUAUGCCACGAACCCAUGUAAUUUUCCGGCGAUAUUCAACUUUGGAGACUCAAAUUCCGACACAGGUGGGUUGUCGGCAGCUUUUGGUCAGGCCCCUCCACCCAAUGGGGAGUCAUUUUUCCGUGGACCUGCCGGCCGGUACUCCGAUGGCCGCCUUGUUAUUGAUUUUAUAGCGGAGAGCCUUGGACUACCAUAUCUGAGUGCUUACCUUGAUGCGAUUUUUCGUAGCCGAGGAGGAGUAUUUGAGGGAUUAUUGCCGAAGGCAGAAGAUAUCUCUCGUGCUCUGUAUACAUUUGAUAUUGGCCAAAACGAUUUAACUGCUGGUUACUUCCUUAACAUGUCGACAGAUCAAGUCAGAGCAUAUGUUCCUGAUGUUAUAGAUCAGUUCAAAACCAUUAUUAAGUUUAUAUAUGAUCAAGGAGGUAGAUCGUUUUGGAUACACAAUACGGGUCCAGUUGGGUGCCUACCAUACAUCAUGGACCAUCUGCUCAUCACGGCUGGGCAAAUUGACAAGGUAGGAUGUGCAAGUCCUUUCAACGAUGUGGCCAAAUAUUUCAAUCUCAGAUUGAAGAAAGCAGUGAUCCAACUUCGGAAAGAUCUUAAAUUUGCAGCUAUAACUUAUGUUGAUGUCUACACAGUGAAGUAUGAUCUCAUCGCUCAAGCUAGGAAGCAUGGAUUUGAGCACCCACUUCGAGCUUGUUGUGGCCACGGAGGAAAAUACAACUACAACAUCCAUGUUGGUUGUGGAGGAAAGAUUACAGUGAAUGGCAAAGAAGUCCUGCUGGGAAAAUCAUGCAAUGAUCCAUCCGUCAUGAUCAAUUGGGAUGGGGUACACAACACACAGGCAGCGAAUAAAUGGAUCUUUGAUCGGAUUGUUGAUGGUUCAUACUCAGACCCGCCAAUUCCAUUGAGAAUGGCCUGCCAUAGGCAAUAA